AUGAGAUCGGUAUUAUACUUAGCACUGAUAUGCUUGGUGAUUACCUGCUUCGUGUCAGGAAAACGGGGUUCCAAUGCUGGUGGCGGCGGCCAUAAUCGUCCACGCUAUCCUCCAUCACGCGGGUGGGGCCCGUGGGGUAGAGGAAAUAUUUUUUAUCGACGAUUACUGAAUAACCUAGAAGUCUGUGUUGCUAAUGAUUCAGAAGCCGGUAAUACUUUAUAUGGUCAAGUUCUAGACUUCAUUAGUCAACUUGAAGAGAAUGAUACAUUUUCAACUGUGCUCGAAUCAUGGUCAACGACCGUUGCCUUUGUGGAAAACCCAGAUAAUCAAAACAAUUUCACUAUUGAUCCAGCAUACUAUGUUCAAGGCCUUAAACAGGCCUUAAAGGAAGAUAAACGAGUAGCCAUGGAAGGAAAUACAAGUCGUUCAGAUAGAUUUCAACAAAUGCGUCUUACCAGAGGAAUCAUAAAACAAGUAAUACAAAUUGUUAAAAAUAAUUG